GUUCCAAACUCGUGAAAGAAAAGGGACAGAGACAGAGAUUUCAAGAAGGACAGAGUUCGUAGAAAACGAGAGAAACAAGCAACCAUGAGCCAUCCUUCAGUCCGCACGUCUACCUCCUACCGUCGCACUUUCGGGGGUCCCAACCCUAUUUCCAUGUCCUCCUACUCACCUGUCUCCUCCCGCAUGCCUUUCUCGGGGGGGCGCUACAUGCGCUCCAUGUCACCGGUGGUGCCUUCUCGCUCUACCAACUAUCACCACCAGCGUGUGCGCUCCAGCACCCAGCCACCUCGCCUCAGCUAUGACAAGGUGGACUUCACCCUGGCUGAAGCAGUCAACCAGGAAUUCCUGACCACACGCAGCAAUGAGAAGGCCGAACUGCAAGAUCUCAACGAUCGCUUUGCCAGCUUCAUAGACAAGGUGCGUUACCUGGAGCAGCAGAACACAGGGCUGCAGCAGGAGCUGGGCCAGUUCAAAGGCCAGCAGCAGCAGGGGCAGCCCAACCGUGCCUCUGAGCUCUUCCAGGAGGAGCUGAGGGAGAUGAGGCGCCAGCUGGAAACCAUGGGCAAAGAGAGGGAUCAGUUCCAGGUGGAGAGGGACAACAUGGCCGAAGACAUGGCCCUGCUGAAACAAAGACUUGAGGAAGAGACCCAGAAAAGGGCUGAGGCUGAAAACAACCUGGUGCUUUUCCGCAAGGAUGUGGAUGAUGCCACUUUGUCUCGUCUUGACCUGGAAAGGAAGAUUGAGUCUCUGAUGGAUGAGAUUGAAUUCCUCAAGAAGCUGCAUGAUGAGGAAAUCCAGGAUGUGCAAGUAAGUGUGCAGAGCCAGCAGAUGAAGAUGGAGGUGGACAGCAGCUCCAGGCCUGACCUGACCGGUGCCCUGAGGGACAUUAGGGCCCAGUAUGAGAACAUUGCCACCAAGAACAUGCAGGAAUCUGAAGAGUGGUACAAGUCCAAGUUUGCUGAUCUGACAGACUCAGCCAAACGUAACAACGAUGCCAUGAGGCAGUCCAAGCAGGAGUCCAACGAGUACAGGAGGCAGAUCCAGUCGCUCAGCUGUGAGGUGGAUGGCCUGAAGAGCACGAAUGAGGCUCUGAUGAGGCAGAUGCGUGAGAUGGAGGACCAGUUUGGCGUGGAAACUGGUAACUAUCAGGACAGCGUGUGCCGUCUGGAGGAAGAGAUCCGUCACCUGAAGGAUGAGAUGGCCCGCCAUCUUAGAGAGUACCAAGACCUUCUCAACGUCAAGAUGGCCUUGGACAUUGAGAUUGCCACCUACCGCAAGUUGCUGGAAGGAGAGGAAAGCAGGAUCACUGUUCCUAUGUUCAAUAUGGGAUCCAUGAGUAACCGCAGUGGAGACAGGGACUAUGACCAAACUCCUGACACCCCUAGCAAGAAGACUGUGGUGAUUAAGACUGUUGAGACUCGUGAUGGAGAGGUGGUGAAAGAGUCCAGGAAGGAGAAGGAGAGGGAGUCAGGCAGGAGUGACAGGAGUGACAGGGAUGAUAGGAGUGACAGGGAUGACUAGGACAGUUAGGCACGUAUUGCUGGUUCCAGACUCAGAUGUAGCAAUUAUAAAUGGUAAUAAUUGAUGAAACAAAAGAGCAAGAUGAUUAUGAAAAGAUGUAAAAGCUGCACUCCUCAAAAGUUGCUCACUGCUCACUCUUUAACAAGUUAUUUUCCUAUACAGCAGAUUAUGUUGAUGUGUUGAAACUUGAAUAAACCUGAGACAUUGUGACCUUGGUGCUACUUAUAACAACAAAUCUUUACUGAAAAUAAUAGUCAAACUAUGUUGAGCAACCACUGGAGUAAACAGCUAUUUCUUGAUAUACCAACUGAGGCCUUUAUUUGCAGUACAAUUCCUUAAAACCCAUACAACCGCCAAUUUGUAGACAACACAACAACACUUAAGGCUAAAGGUUUAUUAGUGAUAACUUAACUGAAUGGUUUUGCGUACAAAUGCUGCAUUUGCAGUAAACAAUAGAUAGUGGUAUUUGGGAGAGUAAGGUGAAGAUAUUCUCAGCUGUUUCAGUUUGACAGCUUUACGGAACCCUCCAUUUAAAAUGUCUCCAGAGUGGGAAAACCAGCAAUGUGGGUACUUGACUUGAACAGUAAGAGACUACAGUAGCAACACCACAUACUCUGCAACUCAUCCCUUAAACUGAAAAUUUUAAAGAAAUGUGCUUUGCUAUUAUGUGAGGAUGUGUGUUUUUGGCAGCCACUGAGCAAUAGAAUGAAAUGUAAAUGCAAAUAAAGUCAACUGGAACUGAA